UGGACCUGAAGAUGCACAAGACGAAUAACUUCAUGAUGAUAAAGUUCUCUUCCAAACUUUACAAAGAAAUCGUCACCUCUCACUUGGAGCCCCAAUGCGAAGGAGUGAGUAACAAGACACAAUGGGAGAAGAUGAAGAAACUAGUUAACGACAGCGAAGCCACUUUCAUAGUGUUCAAGAUGUCUUACAAAACAAAAGAUGGUGCACACCGGGGCAAAGUGCUGUUCAUCUCAUGGAUCCCCGACAGCUGUUCUCUCAAGGAGAAGAUGGUGUAUGCGGCCAGUAAGAAUACACUGAAGAACAAACUAGAGGGGGUGGCGGAAGAGGCUUUGAAUGGGACUGACAUGGGGGAUCUCGACUACGCAGAGGUGGCCACUUCAGUGUCCAAGGGAACGGCAGAUGUAUAACACUAACAAACCAACUGUUCCAUAAACGACACUGAUUUUGUUAACUAACCCCCCUGGGGUGGGGUUAAUGUUGCAAAACUCAUCAACGAAAAAGAUACUUAAAUUUUUAUAAUUAUCAGUUUGAGCUUAGAAAAGUCUUUCAGUUUACGCCAAAAACUGUCACCGUCAAAAUCCGUCAAACUAA